AUGCUACGGGCGAAGCAUUCACUACCACCUCUUGGUGGUAAGCUCAGGAAGAGGCAGCGGACACCUUCUCCGCCACCACCACCUCCACUUCCGCCGCUUCUACGGAGACGCACAACACCCAAUAUUGAACCCGCUCUUCCACCUUUAGACGAGAAGGUUAGGAAGAGAUUGCGAAGUCUGUCGCCUCCAUCUGUUGAUCCUCUGGAGGACAAUAUGCCUCAGGUGGAGCACUCGCAGCCGCGUCGUGGAGGGUCGAGUAAGAAGAGGAGGCGGUCAAAAUCGCCACAGUCGCCACCUCCGUUAUCCCGCAUGCCAUCGUCGAAAUACCGCCCAGGAAAUGUGGACGUACCUGAUGCUGUCCUUCCUCGGCGUUACAAACGACAUGCCGUUUUACUUGACGAUCUGGACUUUGAUGAGCUCAAGUCAUAUUCAUUCGAUUCUUCCAGGUCUUCAAGUUCCUCCAGAUCUUCCAAGUCUUCCACCUCCCUACGACCUUCCUCCGAGUUUCCUAGACGUGAUGGGCAAACAUCGUACGCUGGUAGCCGGACUCCCCGAUUCUAUCUCGAAAGUAUACGCAAUCUGAUAUCCAGGUUCCUUCGUCGGACAAAGCAUGACAAUCGAAGAAGCUACGCAAAUAAACGGAGGGGAUUCCUUGCAUCUAUGAUUCGAGAUUGGAUGAACAAGAGGAGAAAGAAGCGAUGGACUGAAGCAGGGAGGGAUAAUAAAGAGGAUAUACGAAUUUUCUAUCCACUUUUCGAGCUCAUUGACCAACGAUACAGAGGAGGUCGCCUUUACUACAGGGAAGAGUCGAUAAAUUCCUACGCUUAUCAUAGAGUAAAAUUCAAGCACAUCUGGCGAACUGCUUCUGUGCUAGAUCUCGAUCUCUACUUAGCCGCAAAAGAAAUGCAGUACGAGCUAGAAUUCGAAGACGCGGCACGUAACGACGACAGAUUCCUCGAACUCUUUCGACUAAUUGAAAGGAAGUAUGGCAAUGCCAGGGUGAUGUACAAAAUAGACAGAUUCGGCCGAAGACACGUUAAAGUCGAACAUUCUAUUUGCGGCUUCCGUGUAUGUGAUAGCACCGUGCAGAAUGCUAUCGACCGAUUGUGUCAUCUCUACCAAUAUGAAAUUGGAGUUCGGCAGGACAGGAAGUUGAAGCGCUGGCGCAACAUCUUUGAUGCAAUCGAACUGUACUUUCCGGACAGCAAGUUAUUCUACAAGCAGAUCACUAACGGCAUAUGGCACGCGGUGGUCAUGCACGAAGUUGAUGGAGAUAUAGCUAGUGGGAGUAGCUAUACUCUCGAUUAUGCCCUCAAGCAACUAUCGAACGAGUUAGUUGAUGCUGUUGAGGAUCUCCAGAAGAACCACAGAGCAGAGUUGCUUUCUAAUUUACGUAUGCGGAACGAUGAUGGUCAACUUACCUUCGCUUCCUAA